ACCGCACUAAUUAAAUGCCAUCUGGGUGGUUCCUCUGGGUCCGUGCGUCCAUCACCCUGUUCAGAUCGAGCCAGAGGCCAAGGAGAAGAACAUGAUGAUGGACCUUUUUGAAACGGGUUCCUAUUUCUUCUAUUUAGAUGGAGAAAACAUUACUCUGCAGCCCUUAGAAGUGGCAGAGGGCUCUCCUCUGUACCCAGGGAGUGAGGGUACCCUAUCCCCCUGCCAGGACCAAUUGCCCCCUGAAGCCGGGAGCGACAGCAGCGGAGAGGAACACGUACUGGCACCCCCAGGCCUGCAGACUCCCCACUGCCCCGGCCAGUGUCUGAUCUGGGCUUGUAAGACCUGCAAGAGAAAAUCUGCCCCCACUGACAGGCGGAAAGCUGCCACUCUGCGCGAGAGGAGGCGGUUAAAGAAAAUUAACGAGGCCUUCGAGGCACUGAAGCGGAGGACUGUGCCCAACCCCAACCAGAGGCUGCCCAAGGUGGAGAUUCUGAGGAGCGCCAUCAACUACAUUGAGAGGCUGCAGGACUUGCUGCAGCGGCUGGAUCAGCAGGAGAAAAUGCAGGAGCUAGGGGUGGACCCCUUCAGCUACAGACCCAAGCAAGAAAUUCUUGAGGGUGCGGAUUUCCUGCGCACCUGCAGCUCCCAGUGGCCAAGUGUUUCGGAUCAUUCCAGGGGGCUCCUGAUCACAGCAAAGGAAGGCGCAGCGAGCCUCGAUGCGUCGGCCUCCAGCAGCCUUCGGUGCCUCUCUUCCAUCGUGGACAGCAUUUCUUCCGAGGAACACAAGCUGCCCAGCGCCGAGGAGGUGGUAGAAAAGUAACUC